AUGGCGACCGGAAUGUGGUGCCCGAUCAAUCAUCCACUUCUGCGUCCUCUUCUUCCUCCUCAUCUCCUCCCCGGGCCCAGUCACCGCCGCCGGCGAGCUGACGGUCGUCUGGGGCUGGAACAGGGCCGAGGGCUCUCCCUCAGGGAGAGGCCUGCGACACGGGCCUCAUACGCCACCGCCAUCCUCUCCUUCCUCCGCGUCGCCGGCUACGGCAAGUACCUGACCGACCUCUCCGGCCACGGCGUCUCCACCGUCGGCGCCGACGUCAAGCACUGCCAGAGCGCCAAGAACGUCACGCCGUGCUCCUCUCCGUCGCUGGCAGCUACAACUCCCCUACCGCCGCCAGGGACGUCGCCGAUCGACCACCUCUGGAGCGCCUUCCUCGGCGGCGGCUCCCGCCGGGGCGGCGUCCGCCGCCGCCCGUUCGGCGACGCCGUGCUCGACGGCGUCGACUUCUACCUCGACGGCGAAGCGGAGCAGGAGCGCUUCAGCGACCUCGUGAGGCACUGA